GUCCGGAAGAGGCAGUCUGGUACGAGGAGCGGAGUGAGACGCAUCGAAGACAAUGGCGGAUUCAUCUGAGUCGUUCCACAUGGCCACCAGCCCCAGCCGCUCCAGGCGGGGAGACCUGACCUCCAGCCCCGGCAGAGACCUGCCCCCCUUUGAGGACGAGUCCGAGGGGCUGCUGGGAGAUGAAGUCCUGCCAGGGCAGGAGGAAGAGGAUGAUGGAGAGGAGCUGAUAGGGGAUGGGAUGGAGAGGGACUAUCGGGCCAUCCCAGAGUUGGACCAGUACGAGGCGGAGGGUUUGGACCUGGAUGAGGAGGACUUGUCGGAGCUCUCCCCCGGAGCGCGGGCUGCCGCCGAGGAGGCCAUGAGGAGGAGGGACAGAGAGCAGGGAAUCAGGGGGAGGCUCAGGAGAGGAUUGCUCUAUGACAGCGAAGAUGAGGAUGAUGAGCGCCCAGCAGCCCGGAGAAGGCGAUUGGCUGAGAGAGCAGCAGAGGGGGUCGGAGAAGGAGAGGAUGAAGAAAUGAUAGAAAGCAUUGAGAAUCUGGAGGAUAUGAAGGGUCACACAGUGAGGGAAUGGGUGUCCAUGAUGGCCCCCCGGCUGGAGAUCUACCAUCGCUUCCGCAACUUCCUCAGGACCCACGUGGACGAGAAUGGACACAACGUCUUCAAGGAGAAGAUCAGCGACAUGUGCAAAGACAAUAAGGAGAGUCUGGUGGUGAACUACGAGGACCUGGCAGCCAGAGAACAUGUGCUGGCGUACUUCCUGCCAGAGGCUCCGAUCGAGAUGCUCAAGGUGUUUGACGAGGCGGCGAAAGAGGUGGUCCUGGCCAUGUACCCCAAAUACGACCGCAUCGCCCAUGAAAUUCACGUCCGCAUCUGCAACCUGCCGCUGGUGGAAGACCUGCGCUCACUCAGGCAGCUCCAUCUGAACCAGCUGAUCCGGACCAGCGGUGUGGUCACCAGCUGCACGGGGGUUCUCCCCCAGCUCUCCAUGGUCAAGUACAACUGUAACAAGUGUAGCUUCGUACUGGGGCCGUUCUUCCAGUCUCAGAACCAGGAGGUGAAACCGGGCUCCUGCCCAGAGUGUCAGUCCCUGGGGCCCUUUGAGAUCAACAUGGAGGAGACGGUAUACCAGAACUACCAGCGAAUCACCAUUCAGGAGAGCCCAGGCAAGGUGGCUGCAGGCCGCCUCCCACGCUCCAAAGAUGCGAUCCUAUUGGCUGACCUGGUGGACAGCUGCAGGCCAGGAGACGAGAUUGAGCUGACGGGCAUCUAUCAUAAUAACUACGACGGCUCAUUGAACAUGGCCAAUGGCUUCCCCGUGUUUGCCACUGUGAUCUUGGCGAAUCACAUCACCUGCAGAGACGAGCGGGUCGCUGUGGCCGAGCUGACUGACGAGGACGUCAAGGCCAUCGUGGCGCUCUCCAAAGACGAGCGCAUCGGAGAGCGGAUUUUUGCCAGCAUUGGUCCGUCUAUCUAUGGUCAUGAGGACAUCAAGCGAGCCCUGGCCCUGGCCUUGUUUGGAGGGGAGUCCAAAAACCCAGGUGGUAAACACAAGGUGCGUGGUGACAUCAAUGCCUUGCUGUGUGGAGACCCAGGAACCGCCAAGUCUCAGUUCCUCAAGUACGUGGAGAAGGUGGCCAGCCGUGCAGUGUUCACUACAGGGCAGGGGGCCUCAGCUGUGGGUCUGACUGCCUACGUCCAGAGACAUCCCGUCACCCGGGAGUGGACUCUGGAGGCUGGCGCUUUAGUGUUGGCCGACCGCGGGGUCUGUCUCAUCGAUGAGUUUGACAAGAUGAACGAUGCAGACAGGACCAGUAUCCACGAGGCCAUGGAACAGCAAAGCAUCUCCAUCUCCAAGGCCGGCAUCGUCACCUCGCUCCAGGCUCGAUGCACCGUCAUCGCUGCUGCUAACCCCAUCGGCGGCAGGUAUGACCCCUCGCUGACCUUCGCAGAGAACGUGGACCUGACAGAGCCGAUCAUCUCACGUUUCGACGUGCUUUGUGUGGUCCGAGACACUGUGGAUCCCGUACAGGAUGAGAUGUUGGCACGCUUUGUGGUUGGUUCCCACAUCAAGCAUCAUCCCAGCAACAAGGAAGGAGGUGUGGCCAGUUUAGAGGAAAUAGUUCUACCCAACUCGUCAGAUGUCCCGGCCAUUCCACAGGAACUCCUCAGGAAGUACAUCAUAUAUGCCAAGGAGCGGAUUCAUCCCAAACUGAAUCAGAUGGACCAGAACAAGGUGGCUCAUAUCUACAGCGACCUACGCAAAGAAUCCAUGGCCACGGGCAGCAUCCCCAUCACAGUGCGUCACAUCGAGUCGAUUAUUCGCAUGGCGGAGGCUCACGCUAGGAUGCAUCUGAGAGACUACGUCCGGGAGGACGACGUCAACAUGGCCAUCCGCGUCAUGCUGGAGAGCUUCAUCGACACACAGAAGUUCAGCGUCAUGAGGAGCAUGAGGAAGAUGUUUGCACGUUACCUGGCAUUCCGCAGGGACAACAACGAGCUUCUCCUCUUCAUCCUGAAGCAGUUGGUCUCUGAACAGGUGACCUACCAGAGGAACCGAUACGGAGCCCAGAGUGACACCAUGGAGAUAGCAGAGAAAGACCUGCAGGAUAAGGCGAGGCAGAUAAACAUCCACAGCCUGUCUUCUUUCUACGACAGUGACCUGUUCCGCUCCAACAAGUUCUCCCACGACACCAAGAAGAAGCUGAUCAUUCAGCACUUCUAGAGUCUUCUCCGAGGCUUCGUCCUCCUUCCCCUUCCUGUAGGAUACCGAUUCAUAAACUGUCUCAGGGUGCAAAACCUGCCCUGAGUGGGUUUGUUCAGUGGUUUAAAACUAGUCGUCCCGUGUGUUCGUCUCACCUGCGGAUGGAAGCGGUGGAAGAUGUUUUGAAUUCCUCCGGUUUCAGGAGGAGAUUCCCACCGAGGACGUUUUAGGUUGAUGUUCACAAUGUGAGUAGGUGUGAGCUGUUGGUUGGGGGGGUGUUCACAGGUUCACUCUGGGUGGGUGGGGGUGCCAAACAUGGAAGCGGUGAGGCAGUAGUAAAAGCUAUGUGGAACAUUUUCGAUAAAUCGAAAUGCUAUUUUCAAAGGUUUAGUUGACAGAAUAACAACUUUGGUGGACUUCCUGUGUUUCAAACCUGACUGUUUGAUGAUAAACUUGUUUCACUGGUCGCCAAACCAAAUAUAAAACACAUUAUCAUCAGUGAACCUAGACAUAACCCAGAAACCUUCUGUCACAACUCCAGCCAUGAAACCGCUGGCUGUGUUUUCAUGCCCUCAGGUUUGGGCCGAUGUAAAUAAUUGUACAUAUUUUUUUUUCCUCGUAUUUCUCAUGUUUUUUCUUUUUCUAUGUAUUCUUCGAAGAGAGAAAUGGAAUUUAAGACGUAUUGACCGACUGUCCGGAUAUCUCCAUGAUGCAUCUGUGAUGUGUUAACGGCAUCUCAUUUAUCCCAGAUGAACAACAAAAUGUUCUUCAGUCUUUUUUCCCUGAAGGUUCAACAUGAGGUUUUCCUUGAAAAAGUACUCGGUCAACAAAAGCGAUCGCAUGUUUGACCUCAGAUUGUUUCAACAGUGAUUAAAAGCGAGGAGAGAAACGUUACGUUUUCGAGAUGAGAUUUAAAGCAAAAGAAUGAAGACAAUUUACAAGACGCGACAAACAAACCAAAUUAAAUGGAAAAAUGUUCCAAAUGACAACACAAAAACUUACUUGUAUUGUGAACUGUUAGUAGUUCCUGACUGGCUGUCCUGUUGUGGAGAUGUUGGCACAGCAAACCGAUGUCUAACUGUUGGGCUCUGGAUGUGUUUUGAUAUUAAAGCUGUUGUG